AUGCCAGUUCUGACAAGACAGCCAACACCCGGCACUAGUGCAGCAGUGUCCCCGUUGAAUGAGCCAAAUCCUACAAAGAAACGUCCUGGAUCAGAAAUUGCGGAAGAACGACGCGAUGCAAAGAAGUUAAAGGUCGAUGGGCAACCCAACGUAAAUGGAAGAGACAAAAAGAAGAAGAAAAAGAAGAAAAAGAAAAAACCAGUUGUCGCUCAGGCGCGGGAUGCCCUGACCCAGCAGCGACCUAGGUCGACCUCGCAGUCGGUGCCACUCUCGACAAGUAGGCACGUUGCGUCCAAUGGUGGCGUGAAUCGGACUGAAGAGGUCGGGACAGUACUGGAGGUCGAGGAUCACCGCGAGGUUGAAUCAUCUUCUCGGUCGCCGGACAAAGGGAAGGACAAGGCGAGGGAAAACUCAACCCCACGCCGGUCACCUCCACCACCAGAGGGUGCUCCUCCAAGUCAUGCAGAAGCAACUGUCGCGUCCGGUUCCGGCUCAUCUCACGCUAUCUCCUCCGAACCACUUGACCAAGCCCUAGAAAUUGCGCGUUUGAAGGAGCAGUUAGAGGAAAAGUCCAGGCUGCUCGAUCGACACCAAGCUCAUCUGAACCACCACCACCAGGCCCUGACCUGCCAAAUAUGCCUGGACCUCCUCCACAAACCGUACGCGCUCAAUCCCUGUGGCCACAUCACCUGCUACGGUUGUUUGGUUCGAUGGUUUACGGCAUCGCAGAACCCGAACGAAGCUGGUGGCGCGAACGGACCACCGCCGCCCGAGCAAGGACAGGGCGAUGACGUUGAGACCAUCCUCGACAGCGCCUCUGCACGUCUAGGCAACUACCUUCGCCGCCGGAAGACCUGUCCUGUCUGCCGCGCCGCGGUGCACGAUCGUCCUGUGGAGAUUUGGGGUAUUAAGAGCAUGGUCGCGUCGUUGCUACGCAGUGGACUGGUCGACGCACCUGCGCCUGCGCCUGCACCUGCACCACCCACACCCGCGGUGGAGGGCCCAGCAAACGCGAUUACCGACCCGUGGCGGAACGUCUUUCAGAAUGGCGGUGCCCGGCGCCAUCCCGCACACCAGCACGCCCCCUUUGGGAUACAUCCGCUACCGCCGCCGGCCGCGCAAGACGACGGCGAUCGCGAGCAGCUCGGGUGGUACGACGCCGAGGACGGCGGAAUAUAUCGGUGCAUCGAGUGCUACCACGAGAUCUGGGACGGGGUCUGUUCGGGGUGCCAUCGCGCGUAUCCGGGGCACGACCGAGGUGAUGACGACGACGACUUCGACGACUUCGAUGAUGACGAUGACGAUGGCCCGGGUUUUAUGGCCGAAGUCGCGCGAUACUUUGACGAGGAAGACGAUGAGGAGGAUUAUGACCUGGAUUUGGAAGAGCCAGAUCAUAUCUGGGGCGUUCCCCUGUAUGACGACGACGACGAUGAAGACGACGACGACGACGGCGAUCUUAAUCCUCGCUAUCAUUACCGUCCCUUUGGGGGUGGCCAUGCUCAGCCGAUCGAGCUUACGGAUGAAGAAGAGGACGAGUUCGACGUACACGUUGGCGCCGUACGAAAUUGGUUUCGAAACAACCCUGAUGCCCCUCCGGACCACCGUAACAAUGGGAUCGCGCGGAUAGAGGAGGUGCAUGACGUCGACGAAGAGGAGGAUGAAGAGGACAGCCAGUACGGCGGCAGCUUCAUCGACGACGAGGCGGCUGAGGACGCUCGCAAUGGGGAUUUGCAUGAAGACAAUGACGACGAAGACGUUGUUGUCGAGCAGGUCGUGAUUCACGACCAACCGCCUCGAAGACGUCGUCCAGUUCCUGCUCGUCGGCGCAACGCCGUCAUCGAAAUUUCUGACGAUGACGAUGAAGGUGGCGAGGACGAUGACGAGGCCAUGCUGCGCCGGCCACUCCGCCUCACUACCAGGCCUCACGUUAUCCAAGACGACGACGAUGAAGACGCAGAAGGUGACUCAGAGGAGGACGGCGAAUCGUUGCGGUCUGUAAGUCCGAUUCCGAUGAGAGCUGCUCGCGCGCGAGCACGACGGCUGCCAUCAGACGAUGAAGACGAUGAUGAUUAG